AUGUUUACUGCCGCUAUACCUCGCGAGUUGCACGAGGCGUGUAUGUGUAAGGGGUUUGGGUCCAGUCUAGUUAGCCCAACCCUUCAAUGGUAUACAAACUUGCUUAAUAAUUCUAUUGCUUCAUUUGCUCAAUUGACUGAUGUUUUUGUAGAGCAGUUUGCUAGUAGUAGGAAACUGGAGAAUCUAUCAGAUGACCUCUACAGAAUUAGGCAGAGAUGGGAUGAAUCUUUAAGAGAUUAUGUAGCAAGGUUCAAUGCUGAGAAGGUGUCAAUUACGGCAUGCAACGUGGACACAGCCGUCACAGCCUUCCGAAAAGGCCUUCUGGUAGAAUCUGACCUUUAUAAAGAGCUAACUAAAUUUCCUUGCAGGACAAUGGAGGAUGUUCAUGCCAAAGUAUGGGCUCAAAUAAAAUGGGAGGAAGACGAGUCUAACAGACAAUCGAUCUCCAACUACUCAAAUUCUCGCAUGGGAAAUAAAGUCAAGUGGCCUGGAAAGAUUCAAAAGCCAGAAGCUCUGAAAGAUAUGACCAAAUGGUGCAAAGCAACCAUAGCAGAAGGGGACGAAAGACACGAAAAUCCACCCGAACCCCCUCAAAAUGCAAGGACCGUGAAUGUGAUUUCAGGAGGAUUGGAAGUUAGUGGUAUUACGUAUUCAGCAGCUAAACGUCAUGCACGUGAACCCGUCAACAACCAAGGAAAGCAUAGAAAGCCAGAGACAGUCGCUGGACAAACCAUCAGCUUUGUCAAUAACGAAACCACAGAUUUGCUUCACCCUCAUCAUGAUGCUUUAGUCAUUUCAUUAUAUAUUGCAAAUUGUUUCAUUAAACGUGUAUUGAUUGAUAAUGGAGGUUCUGCUAACAUUUUAUUCCUCAAUGCUCUCAGGGACAUGAAAGUUGAUGAGUCAACAAUCAUCCAAAAAUAUACAGUCCUAAUCGAGUUCAAUGGUGAGGAGAAGCACUCGAUUGGAGAAAUCAAACUGCAUGUUUGGGCAGAAGGAGUAAACCUCCAGACCAAGUUCAUUGUUGUUGAUUUCCCUUCUUAA